AUGUUUCUCUCUCUAUAUAUAAAUGCUCACACGGGACAGUGAAAGAUCCGUCGCCCUCUCUCUCUUCGUAUUUGUGCUUCUUUCGUGCUUGUAGCAGGUUACCGCUGUGAUGGAGCGCUGGCGUGGCAGAGUGGCUCUGGUGACCGGAGCCUCGGUCGGGAUUGGGGCGGCUAUAGCUGUAGAGUUGGUCCGGCUCGGUAUGAAAGUAGUGGGCUGCGCCAGGGACGUCGCAAAAAUCCAGAAACUGGCAGCAGAGUGUCAGAGUGCCGGCCAUCCUGGUGUUUUGGUGCCUUUCAAGUGUGACUUGACCAAAGAGGAGGAGAUUCUGGCCAUGUUUGCAGCGAUCAAAGAGCAGCACAAAGGCGUGGACGUCUGCAUCAACAACGCUGGCUUGGCUCAUCCAGAAUUGCUGCUAAACGGCAAAACCAGUGGCUGGAAGAACAUGAUGGAUGUAAAUGUUCUUGCUCUCAGUAUCUGCACACGCGAAGCGUAUCAGUCGAUGAAAGAGAGAAAUGUGGAUGAUGGACACAUUGUAAACAUAAACGGCAUGUGCGGACAUCGUGUAAUUACCAAUCCUGAUCUACAUUUCUACACCGCCACAAAGUAUGCUGUAACCGCCCUGACAGAGGGCCUGCGGCAGGCGCUGCGUGCAGAAAACAGUCAUAUCCGAGCCACAUGUAUUUCUCCCGGUUUGGUGGAGACAGAAUUUUUGUCACGGUUCUACAAAAACAAUCCUAAUAAAGCAGCUGGUGCAUACUCUGCAUACAAGUCUCUGGAAGUAACAGAUGUUGCCAAUGCUGUUACGUACGUGCUCAGUGCCCCUCCUCAUGUUCAGAUCGGAGAUGUUCGGAUGCAAGGUACGGAGCAGGUUUAGAGUUGAACCACAUGACCUCCCUGAAAUUAUGCACUUCUUCACUACAUUUAUGGGAAUGAUGAUUUAUGAUCUGUUCACAAAACAGUUUUGUUUUUGAUGUUUGUACUGAAAUUUUCUACUAAUAU